CUCGGACCCCAGCCCCGGCCCAGCCCCGGCCCGGCCCCCUUCCCCGGCGCGGCGCCUCUGAGGAGCCGGAAAAUGUGGGGCGCCCUGCUCGGGCCGUUGCUCGGGCUCCUGCUGCUGCUGUCGCCGCGGGACAGCGUGCACGCUGCGCAGCCCCAGGCUCCGUGAGUAGCCCCGGCCCGGCCCAGUGUUUUCCGCUCGGGAGUAGAGGAAGUCAUCAGCGUGACCAUUUUUAACUCCCCACGGAAAGUCAUGGUCCAGGCUCAGCUGGUGGCCCAGGGCGAAGCGGUGGCACGGAACCAGGGAGCCAUCUUGGAUAAAGGGACAAUCAAACUCAAGGUGCCUGUGGGCCUCCAGGGCCAGGCCCUCCUGAAGGUGUGGGGCCUUGGCCAGCACGCAGAGGAGGGUCCCCUGUUCCACAACCAGACCUCCGUGACAGUGGACAGCCGGGGAGCCUCUGUGUUCAUCCAGACCGACAAGCCUGUGUACAGGCCCCAGCACCGAGUGCUCAUAAGUGUCUUCACUGUCACCCCAGACCUGAGGCCUGUCAGCGAGGAGCUGGAAGCCUACAUCCUGGACCCCCGGGGCUCAAGGAUGAUGGAGUGGAGACACGUGGAGCCGGUCUGCUGCGGCGUCACCAACAUGACCUUCCCCUUGUCCGACCAGCCGGUGCUGGGAGAAUGGGUUAUUUUUGUCGAAAUGCAAGGCCACGUGUACAACAAGUCCUUUGAAGUUCAGAAGUAUGUGCUGCCAAAGUUUGAGCUCCUUAUUGACCCACCCCACUAUAUCAGGGACCUGGACGCCUGUGAGACCGGGACCGUGCAGGCCAGGUACACCUUUGGGAAACCUGUCUCUGGGACCUUAACAAUCAACAUGACUGUGAAUGGCGUGGGGUACUACAGCCAGGAGGUGGGGCGUCCUGUCCUCAGAACCAUGAAGAUCCACAGCUCCCAGGACUUUGACAUCUGCGUGAGGGACAUGAUCCCAGCUGACGUCCCUGAGCACUUCCGGGGUACGGUCAGCAUCUGGGCCACUGUAACCGCUGUGGACGGGAGCCAGCAGGUGGCCUUCGAUGACUCAACCCCCGUCCAGAGGCAGCUGGUGGACAUUCGAUACUCCAAGGUCACCAGGAAGCAGUUCAAGCCGGGUCUGUCCUAUGUGGGGAUGGUGGAGCUUUCCUACCCUGACGGCAGCCCGGCAGAAGGCGUGACAGUCCAGAUCAGGGCAGAGCUGACACCGAAAGACAACAUCUACACCACUGAAUCUGUGUCCCGGGGAGGGCUGGUGGGGUUCGAAAUCCCCUCCAUCCCCAUGUCAGCACAGCACGUGUGGCUGGAGACCAAGGUGACGGCACUCAAUGGAAAGCCUGCGGGGACCCAGUACCUGCCCAGCUACCUCUCCCUCAGCAGCUGGUACUCCCCCAGCCAGUGCUACUUGCAGCUGCAGCCGCCCUCCCACCCCCUGCAGGUCGGGGAGGAAGCCCACUUUUCUGUGAAGUCCACAUGUCCCUGCAAUUUUACCUUGUACUACGAGGUGGCCGCACGAGGUAACAUCGUGCUCUCAGGCCAGCAGCCGGCCCACAUCACCCAGCAGAGAAGCAGGCGAGCAACCCCAGAGAAACCGAUUCGCUUAACACACCUUUCCGAGACAGAGCCCCCUCCAGCCCCAGCAGCCGAGGUCAAUGUGUGCGUGACCUCUCUCCAACUGGCUGUAACCCCCAGCAUGGCCCCUGUUGGCCGCCUGCUGGUCUUCUAUGUCAGGGAGAAUGGAGAAGGGGUCGCUGACAGCCUCCAGUUCACUGUGGAGACCUUCUUUGAAAAUCAGGUUUCACUGACGUAUUCAGCGAAUGAGACACAACCCGGGGAGGCUGUUGACCUGAGGGUCAGGGCUGCAAGGGGCAGCUGUGUGUGUGUUGCUGUAGUUGAUAAGAGCGUCUACCUGCUGAGGUCUGGGUUUCGUCUGACUCCUGUUCAGGUUUUCCGGGAAUUGGAAGAUUAUGACGUUUCUGAUGCCUUUGGGGUGUCACGGGAAGAUGGACCCUUCUGGUGGGCCGGGCUGACAGCACGACGACGCAGGCGCUCCUCUGUCUUCCCGUGGCCCUGGGGCGUCACCAGGGACUCCGGGUUUGCCUUCACCGAAACAGGACUGGUGGUGAUGACUGACCUGGUGAGCCUGAACCACCGGCAGGAUGGUGGCCUAUACACCGACGAGGCUGUCCACGCCUUCCAGCCCCACACGGGGAGCCUGGUGGCAGUGGCGUCCUCCAGGCAACUCCCCAGAGCAGAGAAGAGGAAAAGGACCUUUUUCCCAGAAACAUGGAUUUGGCGGUGUCUCAACAUCAGUGACCCGUCCGGCGAGGAGACACUCCACUUGCAGGUCCCUGACUCCAUCACCAGCUGGGUGGCUGAGGCUGUGGGUCUGUCUACCACAUGGGGCCUGGGCAUCGCUGAGCCCACUUUGCUGAAGACCUUCAAACCCUUCUUCGUGGACUUCACGCUGCCCCGCCACGUGGUGCGCGGGGAGCAGGCCAAGAUCCCACUCAGCAUCUAUAACUACAUGGGCAUCUGUGCUGAGGUGUACGUGAAGAUCUCGGUGCCCAAGGGCAUCCGGUUUGUCGGGCAUCCUGGCAAACGCCAUCUGACCAAGAAGAUGUGCCUGGCCCCCGGGGAGACCAAGCCCACCUGGGUGGUUCUGUCUUUCAGCGACCUGGGGCUCAGCAACAUCACAGCCAAAGCCCUAGCUUAUGGAGAAAUAAGCUGCUGCCGGGAUGGGAAGUCCAUCAAACACCCGGAGGAGAAUUACACUGACAGGAGGGUCCCCAUCGGGAGGGACCACAUCAGGCGCAGCGUGAUGGUUGAGCCCGAAGGAGACCCCCACACGUACACCUACAGUGCUUUCUUCUGUCCCAAUGAGAGAGUCCAUAUCUCCACACCCAACAAGUAUGAGUUCCAGUAUGUGCAGCGGCCACAGCACCUCACCCGUUUCGACAUGGCUGUGCGAGCCCACAAUGACGCCCGUGUGGCCUUGUCCCCCGGGCCCCAGGACACGGCGGGCAUGAUCGAGAUCGUCCUGGGGGGACACCAGAACACCAGGUCCUGGAUCUCUACCAGCAAGAUGGGUGAGCCUGUGGCCAGCUCGCACACGGCCAAGAUCCUCUCCUGGGAUGAGUUCAGAACAUUCUGGAUCAGCUGGCGUGGCGGGCGUAUCCAGGUUGGCUACGGUCCAGAGCCAUCCAACAAGUCUGUCAUCAUGGCCUGGACCCUCCCCAGGGCACCAGAGGUUCAGUUCAUUGGCUUCUCCACUGGCUGGGGCUCCAUGGGCGAGUUUCGCAUCUGGAGGAAGAUGGAGGUAGACGAGAGCUACAGUGAGGCCUUCACCCUGGGGGUCCCACACGGCGCCAUCCCCGGGUCUGAGCGGGCAACUGCUUCCAUCAUAGGAGACGUCAUGGGGCCAACGCUGAACCACCUCGGCAACCUCUUGCGGCUGCCCUUUGGCUGUGGAGAGCAAAACAUGAUCCACUUUGCGCCCAACGUCUUUGUCUUGAAGUAUCUUCAGAAAACCCGGCAGCUCAGCCCCGAUGUGGAGAGGGAGACCACCGAUUACCUGGUACAAGGCUACCAGCGGCAGCUGACCUACAAACACCAGGAUGGUUCCUACAGUGCUUUUGGUGAACGGGAUGCAUCAGGAAGCAUGUGGCUCACAGCCUUUGUCUUGAAGUCCUUCGCCCAGGCACGCAGCUUCAUCUUUAUUGACCCACGAGAACUGGCGGCCGCCAAGGGCUGGAUUAUCCGGCAACAGCGGGCGGACGGCUCCUUCCCGGCCGUGGGCAGGAUUCUGAACAAGGACAUCCAGGGCGGGAUCCAUGGCACAGUCCCACUGACAGCCUACGUGGUGGCUGCACUCCUGGAGAUGGGCACGGCCUCAGAGGAAGAGGCGGCUGCCAUUGCCAGAGCCCAGCACUUCCUGGAGUCCAGCGUGGCCCUGGUCUCGGACCCCUACAUCAGUGCCCUGACCGCCUACGCACUGACCCUGCUCCGUAGCCCCGUGUUCCCCGCAGCCCUGCGAAAGCUCCGCAGCCUGGCCAUCACUCAGGAUGGAGUCACCCACUGGAGCCUGACGGGUUCCCGGGAUGGGGACAAGGAUGCCUUCCUGAGCUUCAGUGAUGGGGUCUCUCAGGCAGUGGCCUCAGCCGAGAUAGAAAUGACCGCCUACGCUCUGCUGACCUACACACUCCUGGGCGACGUGGCCACUGCCCUGCCUGUGGUGAAGUGGCUGUCCCAGCAGCGGAACGCACUUGGGGGCUUCUCUUCCACUCAGGACACCUGCGUAGCUCUGCAGGCCUUGGCAGAGUAUGCCAUCUUGUCCUACGCUGGCGGUGUCAACCUCACCGUCUCCCUGGCCUCCACCAACCUGGACUACCAGGAGACCUUCGAGCUGCACAGGGCCAACCAGAGGGUUCUGCAGACAGCGGCGAUCCCCAGCCUCCCUACGGGGCUGUUUGUGAGCGCCAAGGGUGAAGGCUGCUGCCUGAUGCAGAUUGACGUCACUUACAACGUGCCAGACCCGGUGGCCAAGCCGGCCUUCCAGCUGCUCAUGAGUCUCCGGGAGCCUGAGGCUGAGCAGCCCCAGCCCCCAGCCCCAGCCUCCUCGGCAGAUGAUGAUGACCCAGCGGCUGACCAGCAUCGCCAAGACUACCAGGUGACCCUGGAGGUGUGCACCAGGUGGCUGCAUGCAGGGUCCUCCAACAUGGCUGUCCUGGAGGUGCCCCUGCUGUCGGGCUUCCGCGUGGACAUGGAGAGCCUGGAGCAGCUGCUCCUUGACCAGCACGUGGAGCUGAAGAGGUAUGAGGUGGCUGGACGCAGAGUUCUCUUCUACUUUGAUGAGGUCCCCAGCCGGUGCCUGACGUGCAUAGGGUUCCGCGCGCUCCGCGAGCACGUCGUGGGGAGGACAUCCGCACUGCCUGUCUCCGUGUACGACUACUAUGAGCCUGCCUUUGAAGCCACACGCUUCUACAACGUCAGCGCGCACAGCCCGCUCGCCCGGGAGCUGUGCGCGGGUCCCGAGUGCAACGAGGUGGAGCGCUCCGCGGCACAGGGCCCGGGCUGGUCUCCUGGCGAGCGGGGCCCUGCGGCCGCCCUGGAAGAGGGAGAGACAAUCACACGCUGUGGCUGCGCCCGCGACUGUGGCGCCGGCGGGGAUCCGGUGUGCGGCUCCGACGGUGUCGUGUAUGCCAGCGCCUGUCUUCUGCAGGAGGCCGCCUGCCGCGGGCGCGAGAGGCUGGAGCCCGCGCCCCUUGGCCGCUGCGCCCUCGAGCAGCCGACGCCAGCCUCUGCUUACAACUUCAACUAUGACCUGGCCCCCCUGGACUCUGGGCACCUGGCAGGGAGCCAUGAGGCCUUGGACUUGGAGGGGGAGGCGGAGGACAGUUCCGAACAGGCUGUCGAGUGA